ACAUCGAUGCAUCGAGGUUCGACUCAUCGGUUGAACAUCCCUACUUCGGAGCAUGAUCGCAUGUAUCUGCGUGAGAAGGAUCACAAAAAUGGCAAACAUACAGUAGGAUAAGUUGAAGUCAAUUUAACGAUGGUGCUGACUCGUUGGCAAGAAGAAUAAAAGACCAGUCGAAGCCGAUUAGUCUGACGUCAACAGGCAAGCGUCAGAUCAGACGGAACAUCGAAUAUUCUUUCAGCACAGCAAGUACAGAUGUUCAUAAGAGGUUAUAAAGCAUCGUGGUUGGCAUCUAAACACUAUGAGGAUUUUCUCUAAUAAGACGAGGGUGAGCGUCGCUUGUGCACACGAAUAUCAACGUAUGCAAUUGUUUCAUUUCCACCUGAUUGCUGCUCAGACAGCGGCCUGCUCGCACGUCCAUACUGUUAAUACGUCAAUCGUUCCGCGAACUCAACUGCCGUACUGUUCAGCAGAUUGUUGUCGAGAAAUGGAGAAUGCGUGGAGGUUUUAACAAUUGUGUGUACAUAGCGAAGUGCGUUGUAAUGAGUAUACACGCACACGUCGCUCGACGGUUACGCGUGGCUGCUCUUAUUAAUCGCCACUAACUCUCGACUGAACAUCGCCUUCUAUGAUCAACUUCUCGAUUCUCGAUCAAGAUAUUAGAACGUACAUUACAUAUGGAUUUCAGCUCUUCAAAUAUCGUCGCACAGGGUACAAAGUCGAAAAAUUAUAACAGUGGAAUAUAGAAUGGUUGAAUUUAGUGCAAAGUAUAUACGUAGAAGAGAUUUAUAAUUUAUGUAUAUACCAUAUAUAUGUAUAUAUACAUAUGCUGUAAGAUGGAACAUAUAUGUAAAGGAAACUAAAGAUUCUUAUACAGUUUGCUAUAGCAUGACAUAAUUGUUAGUUUAUUGUCAGUAUAGAUAUAAGGCUAUUGAAGAGAAUCAUGCUGUGCAAUGACAAAUGACACAUGUAUCCUAUUUAUGUAUAUGUGCUGGUGACUACAUCAGUAAGUUAAGUAGAAGAGAACAAUGUCAAUUCCUUCUUGCUCUACAAGUAAAGAGUGGGAUAAUGAAAACACUAAAGAAGAAGCGACAUACACAAAAUGGGAACGUUUUAAUAAUUGGGUGCAUUGUAUAUGCAUUGUUACUUUUGAUCUCGAAUUAGGCCAAGCUAUAGAGGCAAUUUAUCCAACUCAUAUUAAAUUAUCAGAGCAAGAAAGAUCCAAUGUUUGUUACUUAGCUUUCCCGGAUUCUAAUUCUGGUUGCAUGGGAGAUACUCAGUAUCAUGUAAGAAUAAGGCAGAGCAGCAAAAUGGUGCAAGAAACCAGUGCUCUCAAGGAAUAUGACAGGAAGUCGCCCUCUUUUCUACAAACUGAUAGAGAUUAUUAUUGGGGAUAUGUGUAUUUUCGACAGGUGAAGGAUAAGUCUUUGCCAAGAGGAUAUUUUCAAAAGAGUGUUAUUAUAAUUACAAAACUGCCAUUUGUUAAUUUGUUCGGCGAAUUGUGCGCUUUAAUUGCUCCCGAGUUCUUCGAGACUGGAAAUGCGCUCAUGGAAGCCGUGGUGCGUGAGAUCGAUCAGUGGCCUCCCCCGAUUCCAGGCCAGAUAGUUCAUUUACCUCUUAUUGGUGUAUUAUUUCAGACUUACAUCCCGAAUCAAAAUUACAAAGCCGCUAUCCCAUCGAUCGCUGCCAUGGAACAUGCACCGAACGUACAUGCGACGCGAAGAUUGAUGUUGACGUCAGCCCAUGAGGGAGAUAUGUUCCGUAGUUUAGCCAGUGUUGUUAGUUACGUACAUUUAUUAUGGGAGUUGGUACUUCUCAGCGAGCCGAUCGUCGUGAUGGCAGGCUCGCCUACUACAUGUUCCGAGAUGGUUCAUGCACUCAUAGCCACGAUCGCGCCGUUGAAAUACUGCUCUGAUCAUCGGCCAUACUUCACUAUACACGAUUCGGAAUUCAAGGAGUACACCACAGAUUCUCCGGCGCCACCCGCUGUGAUCUUAGGUGUGACCAAUCCAUUCUUCGCCAAGACUCUACAACAUUGGCCGCACAUCAUCCGCAUAAGCAAUGGCAGCAACAGCGAUCAGAGAUACAAGAUCAAGAGGUCCGAGAAUCUCAAGGUGCUGGACUCAAAACCCGGCGUCUACACUCAAUACAAGCCGUUCCUGCAGAAAGACAAGACCAUCCUGAAGAAGCUGUUCAGAGGCGUACAAACGAAACGGCCGGGCGAAGUGCAGACUGCGCUCUUGAAACGUCACUUAAUCGAACUGACAGAAAGCUUCAUGAUCCCGCUCGAAAGGUACAUCGCGACUCUCAUGCCGUUGCAGAAGAACAUAUCGCCUUUCAAGGCAACUCCUACACCGCAAAUGUUCAAUCCAGACGACUUCCUAGCUAGCUUAAGUAGCUCCGGUCCCCAGUUGACCACAGGCAUCAAGGGAGACUGGAUGGGAUUGUACAAACGAUUCUUUCGAUCGCCCAACUUUUCCGGUUGGUUCCACGCCAGAUACACGGAGUUGAGCCAGCAGUUGCAGGUCAAACAACUGGAGAAAUUGUCGCAGGCGGAUCUGAAAACAUGGGUGCAAGGAAAGCAGGAAGUGGAGGUGGUCGACAUGAUUCUAAGAAUCCGACAGAAACUGGAGAAGAGCUGCAUCGAUGACGUGCCGAUCGAUAACUCUGUAAGGGAAAGAUUGAAGGAAAGAAUAGAUGACAUCACGCAUGUAUUGCCGGAUGAUCUGAAAGUAAUCCUGAAGCACGAAUCUUGA